CGGAAAAAGAAGCUUUAUCUUUGGCUGAAACAUAUUGCUUCACCACCAGAAUGAGUCCCCCUAUCAUCAACUUUCCGUCCCUUCAGCCUGCCAUUGUGUGGAAGGUCAAUGUGGGUGCUGGCCACCCCAUUGGGCCCCGUCAGAGCGGUGCUACUCUGAUCCAUUUUGAAACACCCACCGGCACAGUCGAGACUGUGGAAGGAUUUGAGCCUAAAUUCAAAGCCAACGUUGUCUUUGGCGCCGACUGGCUCGAGUUUGACCCAGACCAGAAACAUGCGCGGAUCAACAUGAAGGCGAUCGCCCGAACUGAGGAUGGCAAGGAGAUUAGCUUCGGCUACACUGGCAUCAUUGAUACGAAUGAGGCCGUCCUCAAGAUCUUCCAUCAGCAACCUGACUCCGUCAGUGUGCCGUUCGGGUUCAGCACUGGCGCUCAUACCUUCCACAGUGGGGACCCUGAGCUCCAGGAAUUGCAGAACUUUACGUUGAUUGGCAACGGUCGGAUGUUGGUCGACGAGAAGACCCGUGUUAUCACGGUCGAGUCCCGUCUCUCGAAGGUGGUUCCAGCUACAGGUUUUGAUUAGAAACGCCUGGAUACGGUGCUUUGUAGAGAUCAUGGUGCAAACGUAGGAUGUUGUCUCGACUAACGUGCCGUGUUGAACCGAGACCUAGAGAAUGAAGCGUUGCUAUUAUAAUCGCAAAUUGCCCUUAAAUUGAACAUAGAAUAAGUUCUGCAUUUUUAAGCUAGAUUAAUGAUGCUCUGGCUCCAAAAUUAUGCUCUGCUUAUGCAUGUACACCCUGCUUCCAGGCAUUGUCGAGCAGCAGUACACUGAGUAGUCAAAGCACAACUGCGGCUUACAUGCAAGGAAGUGGGAUCAAGGAAAUUAUUUUCACGCCAAUAUCCCAACUCGUAGGCUUGUUUUGCUUACAUUUUAAACCAAUAACAACGCCCGAUGACCGAAUAAUAGCUGUGACAUCAUCACCAUCGUCGGCGAAAUUCGCCGUCCCCUGCGCUGUACCCCUCCGAGGACGACAUCCCACUCCUCUUAGCUCCUUGUAGUCGC